GAUCAUCCAGAGAGGCCUGAGGUGCCAUGGCUGUCAGAGUUUACCUGGCAGACAUGCUGUGAGCUGGAGGACACUCUGCCCUGCUUCAACGGCAUCAAGAGAGAGAUCACCGCCACACCCAUCUCUAUAAAACUAGGUCGUCUGGAAGUGUGUUUCAACCCAGAGAACUGGCAGGACUACGUGUCUGACUCCCAGCUGCCUCCCUACUCAGAGGAGAUGUCUGAAGAAGAGAAGGAAAAGGCAGACGGGGUCAGGGGUCACUGGGAUCAGAGACUGGGGGCCUUCCAGAAACUGGUGCUCAUCAAGAGCUUCAUGGAGGAGAAGGUGGUGUUUGCGGUGACAGAGUUUGUGAUCGUGAGCCUGGGGAAACAGUUUGUAGAGAACCCUCCUGUUGACCUGGCCACUCUCUACAGUGACAUGUCUCCCUCCACCCCCCUGGUCUUCAUCCUCAGUACCGGAUCAGACCCCAUGGGAGCCUUCCAACGCUUCGCCAAGGAGAGGGGAUACCUGGACAGGGUGAGGUCUAUCUCUCUAGGUCAGGGUCAGGGUCCUAUAGCUGAGAAGAUGAUUCUGGAAGCUCUGAAGAGCGGUAACUGGAUCUUCCUCCAGAACUGUCACCUGGCUGUGUCCUGGAUGUUAGCCAUGGAGGAACUUAUCAAGACCUUCACUGAGCCGG